GACUUAAAGCACCUCCAGAAUGCCGAAACUACAGCUCUACUUCUCUCCAAGAACACUUGUGGUUUCUCUACAAACAACCCAGUCAGAGGAGCAGUCAUGGCCUCAAUUUUCACCUCAAAAUAAUUUAUAGGAAGGUAGACCAAGUCUUUACUCGGGCAAUCCAUAGCCUGGACACGGUUUACUGAUUACUUCAACUCUUUCUAUAUCUUGUUACCUUCUCUUUGAAGAAGCCAAAGCUCAUAUAAUCUCGCAGUAACAUGCAAUCUUGGUGAAUAGUUCUACUGGUAUUCAUGGGAAAUUGCUGGUUUAAGAGCCUCUCCAUCAGACGAGUCUCUUCCUCUUUAAAGAUAGAAUCUCCACAAGUUCAAAGUCCAAGAGAGGAAAAAGAGAAGGAGAUUAGCAAGUUUCCGUCGAACGCAAAGGAGGUCGAGGAUCUGAGGAAGGAGGCUGCAGGGAAUCCUCUGGAAACUUUCACUUUCAGUGAACUCAAGCUUAUUACCGCAGAUUUCAAGAACAGUGUGGGAAUUGGGGGAUUUGGGCGCGUGUACGCAGGGUUCAUCACUGAGAACCUCAAGAAGGGUCUUCAACCUCAGAGAGUGGCUGUGAAGGUCCAUGAUGCUGAAAACAGUUUCCAGGGUCACAGAGAGUGGCUGGCUGAGGUUAUAUUCCUUGGGCAACUUUCGCAUCCGAAUUUGGUGAAAUUGAUUGGAUACUGCUGCGAAGACGAGCACCGAGUACUGGUAUAUGAGUUCAUGGACAAGGGGAAUGUGGAAUCUCUUCUCUUCUCGAGAGCGCUUGGCUGCCUUCCUUGGGGUAUCAGAAUGAAGAUUGCAUUUGAUGCUGCAAAGGGGCUUGCUUUCCUCCAUGAUGCUGAAAAACCAAUAAUAUACCGCGAUUUUAAAACAUCAAAUAUUCUUUUAGACAAUGAUUACAAUGCAAAGCUUUCAGACUUUGGCCUCGCAAAGAAUGGUCCAGUAGGGGACAUAUCUCAUGUUUCAACUAGAAUAAUGGGGACUUGUGGCUAUGCAGCACCAGAAUAUUUGAAGACGGGUCAUCUGACGUCGAUGAGCGAUGUUUACAGCUUCGGAGUCGUGCUGCUGGAGUUCCUCACGGGGAAGAGGUCGCUGGACAAGUGUCGGCCGGCGGGCGAGCAGACACUAGUGGAUUGGGCAGGGCCAUAUCUGACCAAGAGACAGAGAGUGUUUGCCAUUGUGGAUCCCAAGCUAGGGAAAAACUACCCUGAGAAAGCUGCUCAGAGGGUGGCAUGGUUGGCCAGCCACUGCCUCAAUCACAACCUCAAGGCAAGGCCUCUGAUGAGGGAUGUUGUGGUCUCCUUGGAGUCUCUUCAGGUAGCUGUUUGAUCAUCACCGCCAAGUAGUAAUCAUUUCUUAUGCAAGGCUUGCAAUUUGAUAGAGGAAGGAUAGUGAUAUGUAUGUAGAUUUUGUCCGAAGAAGAACAAUUGCUAUUGAUUUGGCUG